AUGAGCGGUCCAACCGUGAAGAGCAAACGCGGCCCAACCGUCCUCAUGACCGACACUCGAGAUGCGCCGCCUCGCGGGGCUCUGCAGCGCCAGCCAACUUCAACUUCAACUUCACAGAGAGCUCCAGCGAAGCUCAUUUCAGUCGACAACAUCCUGCAGUACGCCUCGGACAUUCCCUCCCAACAGCGCCGCGGUCCGCCCAACGCUCGCCCGCUCAAUCAUACACGCACCCCCAGCGGCCGACACCCUCUCGACCCAAAACUCGCCGGUCGCUUGAUCCCGGCGCACAUGCCCACGAGAUCCAGCAAGCUCAGCGAGAAGCUUGUCCUGCUGCCGGAAACCGAUGCCGAAGAGGAUGAGGACGAGAAGGGCGAGUUCGAUGAAGACGAGUACGAGGGACCGCCCACAGACGAGCUUCUCGCGCGGCGGACGGCCAAAGGCGGCCCCAAGGACAAGAGCUACGCAGAACGGCUGCCCAAAGCCCGCCGGACGGACAAGCUCGCGCGCGUCACGGCCUACUGCACCGCGCAAGCCUACAAGAUGAAGAGCACGGCCGAGUUCGUCAAGGACCAACACAAUGCCCGGACCAAGCUCUACGACGACUGCCUCUACACCGUCUACCACCUGCCCUUACUCGCCGGCAGCGACGGCUACCGGGUGCGCAGCAGUCCUGCGCUGAAGAGCCCCGGCGGAAAGACAGUCCUGGACGAAGAGAUUGAGCGCAACGAGCAGCGCGACCACCACGAAGGCUACUUUGGCGACGAAGAAACCUACUUUGUCCACGGCGACGACAUCCACCCCGACGACACCAGCCGCGACUCGAGCGAGAACACACGUGUCGCGCCCAAUGCCAUGCAGUUCGGCGAGAUGUUCGUCUUCUCGUACGGUGUUGCUGUAUUCUGGAACUUCACCGAGAAGCAAGAAAAGGACAUCCUGGCUGACUUGACCUUCUCGUCCACCGCGACUGGCGUUUCGCUGGCCUCCCGACCAUUGAUCGAAUCCGACUUUGAGACGGAGGAAUUCCAUUUCGAAUACAACCCCGAAAUACAGAGACCGAGGGUGUACAACGACAUGAUUACGCUCAAGAGUGGCGACCACAUGAUCAAACUCGCCAUGAGCCACGCCAUCGCCCAGAGCACCAAGCUCAGCUUAUUUGAAGAGGGCAUGAGCCGGACUAUGCUCGCCGCCCAAUACGUCCCCAAACGUCUAGCCCUCACAGGCAACCUGGGCAUGAAGCGCAGCGACGUGGUCAAAAUGAUCGGCUCCCUUUUCACAUCUCGUGUAAACGUCAAUCUAUCAUCGAAUAUGCUCGACACGCCCAAUUUCUUCUGGGACUCUGAACCCACUCUGCACCCCCUCUACACCGCCGUCCGCGAAUACCUCGAAAUCAAGCCACGCAUCCAGGUCCUCAACGAGCGCUGCCAGGUCUUCCUCGACCUUGGCGAAAUCCUCUCCGACAGCAUCAGCGACAAGAAGAUGACGCGCAUUACGUGGAUCAUUAUUGUUCUGAUUGUCCUGAGUAUUUGCAUCACGUGUCUCGAGGUGCUGCUCCGCUUUGCAAUUUUGACCAAGCAGGGCAAGGGCAGGGUCGCUGAUGGCAUGCCUGUUGAUGGUAUGCACAAUAAUGCAUUGCAGGGAAUAAGUCCUCCAGCGCUUGCGGGGCCAGGGCUACUUGCGGCGAGAGGGAUUGUUUGGGUUGGGGGUGGAGUCAAGGGGUUGAUCAUGUGA